CUAAGAGAGCCUCUGUGUGUUUGUGCUGUAGUUGUUGUGUACAUUAGAUGAGUUAGUGUGUGUGAGGUGUGUGUGUGUGUAAAAUGUCAGCGCUAAAUGCUUCCGCAGGGACGGCUGUGUUUGUCCUGUCUCUCUUAUCCGUGCCUCUGUCCUACACAUUUAAUCACCUCAUCACAACACAAAGUGUCGAGACUGUUCUUAUUGCGGCUGCAUCAGUGGUUGUGGUUUUGUCCCACCUCGCGCGAGUUCUACUGAAGCGGAGAGCUCCGACUGACCCCCUGUUCUACGUGUAUGCUCUGUAUGCGCUACAGAGUGUAGUGAACCUCAUAAUCGGCCUCGAGCAGGAUGGCAUCAUCGAUGGGUUCAUGACCUUUUACCUGAAACAGGCGAAUCCUCACAUUAACACGGCUCAUGGUCAUAUGAUCUCGUACUGGGACGGCUGCGCUCACUACCUGAUGUACCUGCUGAUGGUGGCUGCAAUAACAUGGGGGGAGAAUUACCGGGCGAUCGGGCUGUACUGGGUCGGCUCCUUCCUCAUGCAGGUGGUUGUUUACGUUCCUGGCAGUGUUGUGGGUAAAUAUGGUGCUCAGCUGAACACUCUGUUUCUGCUCCACCUGGUCUAUGUGUGUGUCUCUGUUUGGGCCUGUUUUAGAGUCUUUAACCAGCCUGCAACACGAGACCUACCACCAGCAGACGUGACGAGCGAGCAGACCAAGUCACUGUUACAAAGACCCGCGGAUUUGUUCUUCGUGCUCAGCCUUAUCAUGGCCAUGACCUUCUCCAUUCUCAGAGGCCUGGUGGUGCUGGACUGUCCUGCUGAUUGGUGUCAUGAUUACGUGCUGAAUUAUGAACCAUACCUCAAAGACCCCUCAGCAUAUCCAACUGUACAGAUGUUAGUGAACAUGCUCUACUCCACUCCUUGUGUCAUAAUGAUGAUGUAUGGACUUUGUGUGCCGGGAUGUGAUUGGCUGCCAGAUCUGAGUCUAUUGCAUGCUGGGGCUAUGGCUCAGGCUCAGUUCUGCCACAUUGGUGCGUCGCUGCACACUCGCACUCCCGUCACUUACCGCAUUCCAGCCAACCAACUGCUCUUCUUCUUCUGCUUCAACCUGUUCUAUGCCUUACUGCCUCAGGUGCUCAGUUACCGCUGUAUCUGCAGUCCUGCCUUCUUUUUCAGCAAAACCCAACGUAGCCGGACUGACUGAGUCUUUCUACAGCGCCUCCUCAGGCCUGACCCUCUCUACAACACUGCCCCCCUAAUGACUGAUCCUUUCUACAGCCCUCCCUCAGGACUGACCCUCUCUACAGCACCCCCUCAGGACUGACCCUCUCCACAGCACCCCCUCAGGACUGACCCUCUCCACAGCACCCCCUCAGGACUGAUCCUUUCUACAGCACUGCCCUCCUCUUUUACAACUGACCCUCUCUACAGCACCCCCUCAGGACUGACCCUCUCUACAGCCCCCCCUCAGGACUCACCCUCUCUACAGCGCCCCCUCAGGACUCACCAUCUCUACAGUGCCCCCUCAGGACUGACCCUGACAAAUUUAUUCUUCAAAAAAAUAUUUGAAAUUCAUGUUUACAGCAUGCACCGAAACAUCACUGCCUGUAUUUAAUGCUUGAACGUUUAUUUAAUGACGUUUCGAAAAUAAAAAUUUUUAUUGCUGUA